CGCGCGCGUUCUGAUGGAUUUUCGCACGAGCGCGUGAGAUCCGACGGUUCAGAGGAUGUCAUCCAUUGUAAACAAGACCAACCUGACGGCGGAGAGCCGGGACGGUGCGGACACGACCGACGCCAACUGGCACGUCCUCUUCGGCGCGUGUCUCGCGCUCGCCGCCGUGAUCUGCGCGGGUGGCAUUUUCUCGCUCGUUUCUCUGCUCAGGACGAGGAGCAGGUCCUCCAUGUGCCUCAUUGUGGCCUCGCUGUCGGUGGAUGACCUGAUCUGCGUGGUGCCGCUUUGCCUCACUAUGGUGCUGCAGUGGAGGAGAAAUAACGGGACGGCGGAGGCUUGCGACGGAACCAUGUGCACUUUAUCCGGUCUCCUGUACGUUUUCCAAGGACUCUCGAGCAACAUAAAGGCGUGCCUCGCCGUGGCGUACGCGCUGUAUGCGACCAAGCGCGUCGGAGCGCGCGAGGAGAGCAAAGGAGAAGAAGGAAACGGAAGACGUGGUCGCGUGCUGUGCGCACUCGCGAUGGUGUGGGUGCUGAGCCUGGUGGUGAGUGCGCUCCCGCUGUGCGGCUGGGGACGCUUUGCGCGCGCCUCCCUCGGCUGCCUGCCGCACAGCGACGACGUCUACGCGCCGUUCCUCUUCGCGCUCUACGCGCUGUGCGCCGGCGGACUGGCGGUGUGCGCCGCGCCUCUCGCGCACCGGCUCCUUUGCUCCGUCGAGGCGCUCCAGCCCAGCGCUUUCACCUCUCUCUCUCGGGAGAGUUUAGAUAGGAGUUUUAGUGGCUUCGGGUCCCAUGUGACAGGCCUGAGGAGUAAAAGCGAGACGUGUUCGUGCUCUUCGCCCGCCAGUGAGCUGCGCUUCGAUAAGGACGGCGUGCGCCGCUGCCCCGCCAGACUCUUCGCGCAGAAACGCUUCUCGCUCAUCCUGGCAAUGGCGCGAGUCCUGCUGUGGAUGCCCAUGAUGACGCAGAUCCUCGUCAGCCACGUUGUCCGGGUGCACUCCUCAUCUGUGGAGACGCUGUGCUUCUUCCUGACCUUGCUCUCAGCUACUGUCACUCCGGUGUUCUGUCUCUCAGAGCGCUGGAUUCAUCUUCCCUGCGGCUGUUUCAUCAACUGCGGGCAGGAUGUCGGCUCUGUCUCCUCCGCUAUGCAUAAAAGGAGGUUCGAAUUCAACCUCUCCUUCCAGCAAGGUUACGGCAUUUACAAGAUACCUCACGCACCCUCGCCGUCUGUGGAGAAGCCCUGCUACAGCAGUCUGUACGAUCACGAUUUCUCCAAAAGCCGAGUCGCGAUUCUAAGCAGCGGGCAGAUCACGAGUCUGGCCUCACGUGACUUCAGGAAGAUGGUGGUGGAAGAGGAGGAGGACUGCUCCCUCCAUGGCAAGCUCCUCUUGGACAGUGCGUCAUGCCAGGUGAGAACAGAAGCCCCAGAGCAGCUGAACUCAGUGGAGCAGGACGCGUUUGGAAAGGUGUCUCCAGCGGUGUCAGGCUGUGAUGGGGAGGACCUGAACCUCGACACCUCCUCAGUUUUCGACGGUCCGGAGAGGAGGCUGUCACAUGAGGAGUGCCGAAAGAUUGAGCUGACCGACUGGGAGUGGUGCAGGAGCAAAUCGGAGAGGACGCCGAGACAGAGAUCUGUAGGCGGAUUGGCGAUCCCUCUCUGUGCCUUCCAGGGCACUGUGUCCCUCCAGGCACCCACAGGCAAAACACUCUCCCUCUCCACCUAUGAGGUGAGCAGUGAUGGCCUCAAGAUCUCCCCACACAACACCAAGAAGGUCGAGGUGUACCGCUCCAAAUCGGUGGGCCAUGAGCCCAGCGCGGAAGAGCCUAACUCCAGCAGCGGGGGUGGUGGAGGAGUGGCCGACACCAAUGUGAAGAUCCAUCUUGAGGUUCUGGAGAUCUGCGACAACGAGGAGGCCAUGGACAGUGUUUCUAUCGUGUCCAACAUCAGCCAGUCGUCGAUGCAUGCACGCUCCCCAUCGUUACGUUACUCUCGCCGUGAAAACCGCUUUGUAUCAUGUGAGCUGGGAGAGACAGCUUCAUACUCACUGCUGAUCCCUGGCUCCAGCCCAGAUGGAGCCAGCAUACACAUCCCAGAUACGGUGGAGGCACACCGGCAGAACAGCCGGCGCCAACAAUGUGAGGUAGGCGGCUACCGUGAGGAGAUCCAGCUUCUCAACGAGGUCUACAAGAAACAGGAGGGAGAACUGGACAACUAAUAUUAGCAGAUGCUUAUAGACUUUGCUAGUCCUGACUGAAACAGGUUUGAAUGUCUUCAAGGAAGAAGUAUUACUGGAGAAGCAAAACAUGAGAAGUAGGUAAACAGGAGAAUAAGAAUAUGAGUUGGGACGCAGUUCAUUUCAGAAGCUUGCCAGAGAUCUAGUGGUCAACUGAUGGAGGAAAUGUAUGUGGUUUCUCAAAAUAGAAAGUAGUAUCAAAAAUCUCAUAGAGUUAUAUACAAAUUACCAGAGAUAAAAACGUUAAGAUCUAGCAACCUAAAGUGUUAUUUGAUUUGUCCUUCUGGGGGAACACUUAAAAGGUUUAUGUAGAACCCUACAACAAAGAGGAUCACCCUCAGCUAGCACUUAAAGUAGAACUAAGUACCCUUAACUCUCCAUUUGUUUUAAAUAAGUAUUAACAUUCAUUUUUUUUAAUUGAGGGUAUGCACGUGACAUCACGGUAGAGUCAGUUGAGUCCAACUGCCUUUAAUUUAAGCUGAUAAUCAUUAGUCAUACUUGUGUUUUCGUAGCUUCCCUUAUUAAAACCAGCCAUUUUGCUGGAUGUUUUGCCACUCGGUCCGGCCGACGGGGGCGUGUUCCGGUGGGAAAGUGGCGUCGAUGCAUACCCUCUAUACUUUUGAAAAUAGUAUGCUUUUGAAACUAUUUGAAAUCUGUGCGUUUUGUUACACUGUUACGUUACCUCACGUUAAACAUAGCCCCACGUGUCCUUGUGAUAGCAGGGCCUCAGCAUACUUCAUGCAGGAGGAUGUUCGACUUGCUUCCACAAACACUGUGAUGUAAUUAUGGAUGAAACUGACGUUGUAGAGACUCCUUGUUCGCCGUGUCGUGGACAUGGCAGUCGGGUGAACUCCACGAACGAACAUGUUACACAACUGAUUGG